UUCAUGCAAACUUCUACAUUGUCAUUCUCGAACCCAAAUGACUUACCUAUUGUUUUCUUUAAGUAAAACAAUGAUUGUGCUAAAUUAGCAAAAGCGUUCAAAUUUUAUUAUUAUAAUUAGGAACUGUUGUUUUUAGUGACUGUUAUUAUCCAAUUCUAAUCAAAAAUGACAGACACACCUGAUAAUGCCCGAAUUACUACCAUGGUUGAAGAUGUUUUUGCAAUAACAUUAAACCCAGAAAAAUUUGUGGACUGUGAACAAAAACCAGAUUAUAUUCAAAUGAUUUAUCUAGAAGAACUAGCAGAAAGUUUGAAGCCGCAAAAACACAUUGACAUUGAGACUUUAGAACAAGCUCUUUUUGAAAGGUUGAUGCUAACAAAUAUCACAGAAUUUGUGUUACCAAAAUCCAGUAAGCCCCCAUAUAUAGAUUAUGUAGUUCAGAAUAAAGCAAUUCUCUAUUUAAAUACUGCUUAUGAAAGACUUAAGAAGUACAAUGCAUCAAAAGACAAAUUUGUAAUUAAUAUUGUGGAAAAUAUGAAAUCACUUAUUUUGCGUAAUGUGUGUACUGCCAUGGAGCAACCAGACAUAUUUCAAGAUCAAGUAAUUUGGCAGCAAUGGUUUGAUAUUCUUAAGGAUAAUCUUGAUAAUUCCGGAUCAAUUCCAGGUUUUGUUUUAGAUGUUAUAGCUGCCCUAGAUAAGCAAGAUAAUGGUUUUGAAAUAUUGAAGGGAGCAUUUACACCAAUUCUCAUUCAUGUGCAUAGAAUGAUUGCUGGAGCCAACUUGAUAAACUUGGAAUAUUGGACAUACACAUUUGUUCUAACAUUUGCCUCUCAUAUUUCUUUAGCUAAAGUUCUUUUAGAAUAUGCAACUCCGAAAUCCAAUGAUGGUAGAGCUUAUGCAGAAACAAUAUUUGGAUCAUUUUUGUCCUUAUCAAUUUUGCCCAAAAGUCCUUUUGCUCCAUAUGAAUAUUUUGAAAAUCCACUAGAAAUGCAAAUUCGAAAUCCAAUGGAAGGAACACUGUGGUCAGCAUUGGAGAAUCUAGGUGAUCAAAUGCAUGGAAUAUUUUUAAAAUUACUAAGAUUAGGCGGUGAAAUAAGAUCAAAAACUUUGGAUUGGUUAGGUGCUUGUUUACAUAGUAACAACAGUAGGGGACAAAUAUGGAGCACACAGAUAAUGGAUAUUGAUCCAACAUUAGGAACUUAUGUUAGUGAUGCAUUUAUGUUGAACAUGGGUGCAGUGAUGUUGAGAAUGUGUCGCCCGUUUUGUAAGGAUUACAGAGAUGGCAAAGCUCUGAGGAUAGACCCCACAUAUGGAGCUGUCGAGGAGCAAGAUAGGGAAUCAAAAGGUGUACAUAUGAAAGCAUUAUGUAAUGAUACCUGUUUAUUGCCAACAUUGGAUGGUACAGUUAGGCCUACUUCUGAUCAAUACAGUUUUACAACUGAAUGUUAUUUUAUGACUCAAAAAUGUUUGGACAUUGGUUACAGAGUAUGUGUAGAAAGAUUAACAAAGCAAAAUCAAGAUAUAGCUCGCAUACAAAGAGCUUAUAAUGAUGCAAGAGAACAGGGUUCGCCUGCUGCGAAUCAUUUGUUACAAAGGAUGACACAGGAUAUGACAAAGUAUCUCUCACUGCGCAGUACUCUGUUUGAACCUAGUAUGUUGCAACUUCUGCAAGAAUUACAUACCUCGACUGCUACAUGGAUAACUCAGGUUUCAAUUAACAAUGAGUUAAAUGAAAUGCAGAACACUAGCUCAGACCAGCUAGCCAACCAGGCAGAGAAGAUUCAAAAAGUGUUGAACUAUGCCCCAAUGAAGUUCAGAGAAAUUAUUUUUCCUUUAUCAGAAUCUGUUCCUGAUACAUUGAGGUGCGUUCCAGAAUUCAUCAUAGAAAAUACAAUAUGUUUCCAUCCAUUUGUGCGUCAUUUUAAUAAUGUGGAUUUUGUGAUUGAUGAGAGAGCGGGUUCCCUAGAGCCAAUUUUAACUAUGGUUUUAGUAUUCAUGGGUUCUGACAGCAGAAUGGUGAACCCUCAUCUUAGAGCAAAAUUAGCUGAAUGUUUAGAAUCAAUGUUACCAAGUCUCAAGGAGGACCAUGCAUUACAUCCAAUGAUGCAGGCAAAUAACCCUUUAAAUACUUUUGCCAGACAAAGAUUGUUCACAGAACAUCCGCAUAGGCUGCAGAUUAUUUCAAGUUUGUUAAACGUAUUUGUUGGCAUAGAAAUGACAGGCCAAAGUGUUCAGUUCGAACAGAAAUUUAACUAUAGAAGACCAAUGUAUGUGGUCAUGGAUUAUUUGUGGCAGAUAGAAGAACACCGAAAAUGUUUCCAUAAUCUUGCACUUGAUGCAGAACAAAAUAUGGAAGCUACAGAUCCUCCACUAUUUUUGCGUUUUGCAAAUCUUUUGUUGAAUGAUGCUGUAUUUCUACUAGAUGAAUCCUUGUCAAACAUGGCUCAGUUGAGGACAAUGCAGGCAGCAAGAUUGAAUGGCGAGUGGAACAACUUGUCCAUGCCUGAACGUGAGCAGAACAUUGGAAAUUUGCAAAGGAUUGGAAUGAUGGCUAGAUUUGACAAUAUUUUGGGUCGUGAAACUAUUCAUACAAUUCAGUAUUUAACAAGUGAGGUCAAAGGCGUUUUUUGUCACAAUUCCAUGGUUGAUCGCGUCGCUUCUAUGCUCAACUAUUUUUUACUGCAUUUAGUUGGACCAAAUAAAAAAAAUUUUAAGGUGAAGGAUAGUCAAGAGUAUGAUUUUGAACCAGCAAAUAUAGUUCUUAAUAUAUCGCGCAUUUAUGUAAAUUUAUCAGAUAGUGAUGCAUUUUGUUUAGCUGUUUCGCAAGACGGCAGAUCUUAUAGUCAACAAUUGUUUGUCCAAGCUGAAGAUGUGUUGGCACGCAUCGGCGGCGGUCCUUUGAUUGGAGAUUUGCGAAUAGUAGCUGAGAGGGUACACACUCUUGCUGAAAAGCAACAGAGGGAAGAGGAAGCAUUAGCCGAAGCUCCUGAAGAAUUCUUGGAUCCUAUUAUGUCUACAUUGAUGACUGAUCCUGUAAUACUUCCUAGUUCAAGAACGACUGUUGAUAGAGCUACCAUUGCCAGGCAUUUGCUAAGUGAUCAAACGGAUCCAUUCAAUCGCUCACCAUUAAGCAUGGACUUAGUAAAGUCUAACACGGAGUUAAAGCAAAGAAUAGAAGAGUGGAUAAAAGAAAGAAAGAAGAACGCCAAUUCGGAAAAUUCAACAGAACCUAUGAAUUUAGAUUAA